UCAUCACCGUCAUCGUCUUCAAUCUCACUUCGCAUCAAAUCAGAGACGAUCUCUCCAAAACCCUAAUUCAUCUUCUCCGAUCAAUUGUUCGUUUCCUUGCUCUUCCUACACCAGGAAUGCUUAUUUCUAUCCGCCAAUCGGAUUCUCCAUCAGUCUAAACCCUAAUUUUCUUCGUCUUCUAGGGUUUCAAAUCGGUAAAGGUAAAAAGGAUACACAAUCGACGGUCAAAAGAUGUCUCUUCCGCUACUGGAGUGUAAGUACGUGACGGAGGAGUUCGUUCGCGAAGGGAAGAGUGGUGGCAACUACGGCUCCAAGCUGCCCAGCUCCGUACCGAUGCUUCGUUUCCUCUACGAGCUCUGUUGGGUUUUGGUCCGUGGCGAGUUGCCGAUUCAGAGCUGUAAGGCGGUGUUGGAGAAGGUGAAGUUUUUGGAUAAUCCGUCGAAAGAGGAGUUAGCUUCUUGUUUUGCGGAUGUUGUGACUCAGAUUGCUCAAGAUCUUACCAUGUCGGGUGAUCAGCGUUCUCGCCUAACAAAAUUGGCAAAAUGGCUUGUGGAAUCACAGACAGUUCCUCAAAGAAUUUUCCAAGAGCGUUGUGAGGAGGAGUUUUUAUGGGAAGCUGAAAUGGUUAAAAUAAAAGCCCAAGAUUUGAAGGGGAAAGAGGUGCGAUUAAACACUCGUCUUCUGUACCAGCAGACAAAGUUCAACUUACUCCGUGAAGAAAGCGAGGGAUAUGCCAAAUUGAUUACCCUUUUAUGCCGAGGAUCUGCAGGUUCUUCCCAUAAUGCAUCAGCAGCAACCAUGGGAAUUAUCAAGUCAUUAAUUGGGCACUUUGACCUUGAUCCGAACCGUGUUUUCGACAUUGUUUUGGAUUGCUUUGAACUGGAACAAGAUUACGACACGUUUCUCAAUCUAAUUCCUAUCUUCCCCAAGUCUCAUGCUUCACAAAUUCUUGGAUUUAAAUUUCAAUACUAUCAGAGAUUGGAGGUGAAUAGCCCGGUUCCAUCUGGGCUCUAUAAGCUUACGGCCUUGCUAGUGAAGAAGGAUUUUAUCAAUCUUGAAAGCAUAUAUGCACAUCUGCUACCUAAGGACGAAGAAGUUUUUGAGGAUUAUAAUACUUAUUCUGCAAAGCGUUUUGAAGAGGCCAAUAAUAUUGGAAAGAUAAAUCUUGCUGCUACUGGGAAGGAUCUUAUGGAGGAUGAGAAACAAGGAGAUUUCAAAGUAGAUCUCUAUGCUGCUUUAGACAUGGAACGUGAAGCUGUUACUGAGCGAAUACCAGAGCUUGAAAAUAAUCAGACUUUGGGCCUCCUUGAUGGUUUCCUCUCCGUGGACGACUGGAAGCAUGCCAAUAUCAUGUUCGAGCGUCUUGCGCCUCUUAAUCCAGUGGCUCACAAUCAUAUAUGUGGUGGCUUGCUUAGGCUUAUAGAGAAAAAAAUCACUCUUGCUUAUCGCAUUGCCCGUCAGACACGUUUUCAAAAUUCUUCUCCUGCGGGUUCAGAAAAGAUUACUCCCGCUGCUAAUAUAGUAUUCGACGAUGAGACUUGUCGAGAUCUUAAAGAUGUGUUUCAGAUGCUUGUUACAGUUGGACCCUACUUGUACCGUAAUACACAACUGCUGCAGAAGAUUUGUAGAGUAUUAAGGGUUUACUACUUGUCAUCAAAUCAACAAAAGGAAGUUCGGUUUAGAGUGGAAGAAGCUCUUGGAACUUGCCUUUUGCCAUCGUUACAGUUAAUACCUGCAAAUCCAGCAGUUGGUCAUGAGAUUUGGGAAGUGAUGAGUCUCCUUCCAUAUGAGGUUCGUUAUCGCUUAUAUGGCGAGUGGGAGAAGGACGAUGAGCGGAAUCCUUUGCUGUUGGCAGCAAGGCAAGUGGCUAAGUUGGACACUAGAUGGAUCCUGAAACGGCUUGCAAAAGAAAAUUUGAAGCCGUUAGGAAGAAUGGUGGCAAAACUAGCUCAUGCCAAUCCCAUGACGGUGCUUCGGACAAUUGUGAUACAGAUUGAAGCAUAUAAAGAUAUGAUUGCUCCUGUUGUAGACGCCUUCAAGUACUUGACACAGCUCGAGUAUGAUAUCCUGGAAUAUGUCGUGAUUGAGAGGCUGGUGCAAAGCGGACGAGCUAAACUCAAAGAUGACGGGAUUAAUUUAUCAGACUGGCUUCAAUCCUUGGCUUCAUUUUGGGGUCACCUGUGUAAGAAGUAUCCAUCAAUGGAGUUAAGGGGUCUUUUCCAGUAUCUCGUUAACCAGUUAAAGAGAGGCGAAGGGAUUGAGCUUGUUCUUCUCCAGGAACUGAUCCAGCAGAUGGCAAAUGUACAAUACACUGAGAACCUUACUGAAGAUCAGUUGGAUGCCAUGGCAGGAAGUGAGACAUUACGUUAUCACGCAACAUCCUUUGGCAUGACACGGAACAACAAGGCACUUGUCAAAUCAUCCAACCGUCUACGAGAUUCGUUACUUCCAAAUGAUGAACCAAAGUUAGCUAUCCCCCUUUUGUUACUUAUCGCCCAGCAUCGUUCUCUAGUUGUGGUAAAUGCGGAUGCACCCUAUAUUAAGAUGGUUACUGAACAGUUCGACAGAUGUCAUGGAAUUCUCCUCCAAUAUGUGGACUUUCUUUCUAGCGCUGUUAGUCCUGCUACUGCUUAUGCUCAGCUCGUACCUUCGCUUGAAGAGCUUGUUCAGACUAACCAUCUUGAGCCAGAGGUCGCGUUUUUGGUAUUUCGACCUGUGAUGAGGCUCUUCAAGUGUGGACGGAAUGGUGAUGUUUCAUGGCCUUUGGACAGUGGGGAAUCUAUUGAUGCAGAUUCCGAUGUAUCAAAAUCUGAGAGUUCCAUGAUUCUUGAUACCGGCACAUCUGAAAAAGCUGUAACGUGGUCUGAUGUUCUUGAUACAGUAAGAAAUAUGCUGCCCUCGAAAGCUUGGAAUAGUCUGUCGCCAGACCUCUACGCUACAUUUUGGGGGCUUACUCUGUAUGAUCUCCAUGUUCCCAGAAGUCGUUAUGAGUCUGAGAUAUCUAAGCAACAUGCUGCCCUUAAGACUCUUGAAGAAGUUUCUGAUAACUCUAGCUCAGCAAUUACGAAGAGAAAAAAAGAGAAGGAAAGGAUUCAAGAAUCUCUUGAUCGUCUAACCGGUGAACUGAAAAAGCAUGAAGAACAUGUUGCCUCUGUCCGUAGAAGACUUUCACGUGAAAAGGAUAAAUGGUUGAGCUCCUGUCCUGAUACUUUGAAGAUCAAUAUGGAGUUCCUGCAACGUUGUAUUUUCCCUCGUUGCACAUUUAGCAUGGCAGAUUCUGUGUACUGUGCUAUGUUCGUACAUAUGCUCCACUCUCUCGGAACACCCUAUUUUAACACAGUCAACCACAUUGAUGUGCUGAUAUGUAAAACGCUACAACCGAUGAUCUGCUGCUGCACUGAAUACGAAGUUGGAAGACUUGGGAGGUUUUUAUUCGAGACCUUAAAGAUUGCAUACCACUGGAAGAGUGCAGAAUCAAUCUAUGAAAGUGAGUGCGGAAACAUGCCAGGGUUUGCUGUUUAUUAUAGAUUCCCGAACAGCCAGCGUGUCACAUUUGGACAAUUUGUGAAGGUACACUGGAAAUGGUCUUCAAAAAUUACAAAGCUUUUGAUCCAGUGUCUGGAGUCAAAUGAGUACAUGGAGAUUCGAAAUGCCCUAAUUAUGCUAACAAAAAUAUCUGGUGUAUUCCCAGUUACUCGGAAGACUGGCUAUAAUAUCGAGAAACGGGCAACGAAGAUUAAAAAUGAUGAGCGAGAGGACCUUAAGGUCUUGGCAACUGGUGUGGCCGCUGCUCUGGCUGCAAGAAAAUCAUCAUGGGUUACAGACGAAGAAUUUGGCAUGGGUUUCCUCGAACUAAAGGCUCCGCCAGUGCAUACUCCUUCCCAGAAUGGCUUGGUAGGUGGUGUCUCUCAUGGUGAUUCAACUGGGGGAAGAUCUAGUGUUAACCAGCAGCCCGAGUCUGGCGCCAAGGACCAGUUGUCAAAAACUAAAACGACAGGAAGAACGGAAAAUAUACCUUCAAAAUCUGAUCAUGGACAACCAAAAUCAAAGGGAAGCAAUCCAUCGGAUACCCAACAAUCCAUGUCUAAGAAACCAAUGGACCAAAAGGAAACAGAUGAAUCCCCCAGAAUAUCUGACGAGAAUCCUGGCAAAGCUGGUUCGAAGUAUUCUGAAGCAGAGGUAAAACCUUCUUCUAAACGAGGUGCAUCGUCUGCAUCGACGAAUAAAUCAACAAAACAAGAUUUGGGAAAAGAUGAUGGAAAGUCCGGUAAAGCUGCUGGAAGAACGUCCUCAGCUGACAACGAUGUUAUUUAUCUGGGGAGCAGGCAAGCAGGUCUGACCAAAGCCUCUCCCAGCACAGCAGGCAAUGGUAGCUUAGCUUCUGGUUCGUCCAAAGUGAAAGAUGAUGGUGCUGAAGCUUCAGAUACUCAAAAGCAAUCUACUCGGACUGCUCAUUCCCCUAGGCAUGAAAUUAGCACUUCCUUGAGGUCGAGUGACAGGUUACAAAAACGAGCUAGUGCUGUUGAAGAUAGUGAUAGAAUAAGUAAACGCCGUAAAGCAGAUGCUGAGCACAAAGAGCAUGACAGUGAGGCUCGACCGAGUGAUCGAGACAGAUCAGCAGAGGGUAGGGUGGAUUUAAACAAAACACCCAGUGAUGACCAAAGCACACAGAGAGAUCAAGAUAGGGCAAAGGAUAAGGGUAAUGAAAGACAGGACAGAGACCACAGAGAAAGAGUCGAGCGUUCUGAUAAAACUCGUGCAGAUGAUGUGGUGAAAGCACGAGAUAAAUCCAUGGAACGCUAUGGUAGAGAGCGCUCAGUUGAGAGGGGGCUUGAUAAAGGAACAACUAGGAGUUACGAUAGAAACAAGGAUGAAAGAAACAAAGAUGAUAGAAGCAAAUUGCGUCAUAGCGAGGCGUCACUUGAGAAACCUCAUGGUGAUGAUCGUUCUCUUUCUCAAGGCUUACCCCCACCUCCACCUCUACCUCCUAACAUCGUUCCACACUCUAUGGCCUCGAAAGAAGACCCCGAGAGGAGAGCCGGAGGCACAAGGCAUUCUCAGAGGCUUUCCCCGAGGCAUGAUGAAAGAGAGAGACGACGCUCUGAAGAGAAUACAUCAGUUUCUGCGGAAGAUUCAAAACGAAGAAGAGAUGACGAUGUUCGUGACAGAAAGCGAGAUGACCGAGAAACCGUCAUUUUGAAGGGAGAAGAAAGGGAACGGGAAAGGGAAAGAGAGAGGGAGAGAGAAAAAAGUAUCCCUUUGAAAGAUGAUUUUGAAGCCUCCAAGAGAAGAAAGAUAAAGAGGGAUCAACAGGUCUCAUCUGCAGAGCCAGGGGAAUACUCUCCAAUGCCACAUCAGUCAUCUUUAUCAAUGGGUAUGGGACAAUCAUCGUACGAAGGCAGAGAGCAGCGAAAGAGCAGUAGUAGUAUGAUUCAACAUGGAGGUUAUCCUGAAGAGCCAAGCAUCAGACUUCUUGGUAAAGAAGCUUCCAGCAAGAUGGCUCGUCGUGAUCCUGACCCAAUGUAUGAUCGCGAGUGGGAAGAAGACAAGAGGCGGAAGCGGAGAGAUCGGAAGUAGAAUGUGAUGGAUGAUUCGAAGAUUCUUACGUUUGGUUUAAGAUUAUCUUUCUAUUGGUUUUUAUGAAAGGUCGGAAUUUUGUGUUAAAGAGAGUUUUAAACAUCUACAUUAUUGUGAUUGGUAUACUUUCUUGUUGACAAUGCCUUAGCGUUUCAAACAUAAACCACGGUUUUGGCA